CAUAGUGGAGUCUCUGUGAUAAAAAAGCACGUUGGUACAGGUAGUGUUGUUAUCGAGCCAAACAUAAAUUAUCCAUGGUUUCCAAUCUAUUCGCUACCUCAGUGGUUUAGAAAAUUACAAGAGGAUGUAAUGCGCUCGUUGGUAUUCCCCUGUCCCACUAAAGAAAAUCGGACUUGACUGUAACAUCAGUGAAAAGGGUUUGUGCCAGUAUGUACACUGUCUGUCUUCCAGAAGAAAUAUGGAUGAUCGUGUUCAAGUAUCUGUCAAAGUCAGACUGGCUUAAGAUUCGUUCUUGCUGCAAAUGUUUUAAGAGGCUCAUAGACCAUCCUUCGCUUUGGAGAAGUGAAUUCAUUGUGCUUCGAAAACUUAGGUCUUUCAAUGAUGGCUUCUGGAAGACACUGCGCAGAAGAACGCAGGCCAAUGUUCGGGUGGUUAAUGUUAAUGGAAGACAUUGGGACAUCAUCGUCAAAAAUCUUCCAUGGCUGAAGGCAGUGAUUAUCGAAUUCACAGAUGGUCGGACUGUUGAUUCUGAUGUCCUGGCAAAUCUAAACAGACUAACCAAGUUGAAAAUGUUGGUCAUUCAGUCAUUCGACCAUGCGGGAUUGGUCAAAAAACUACCAUCAAUGUCCCAGCUGGAACACCUGUCCUUUUGUCUGCUCCCCAGUUCUAUUGGGCCUAACCUCCUUGAAAUCUUAUCUCAACUCAGCAACCUGACUUCGUUGCAUUACCACGAAGGCCGUUCGCACACUCCAAAGCACAUUUUUCAUGCAAUGUUGAAUGGGUUACCCAAGCUCAGGAACCUCUCAAUCAGGUGGUGUUUUAAUAAUUCUUGGUGUGUGCCUCUGCCGGAUGACUACUUUGGUUACGCGGGAACAGCUCUGGAUUCCUCAGGUCGUGGGGACUUUGCCCUUACCAGUCUGGAGCUUCUGAACUACACGGACCCCCUGCUGUCACCAGUGGCUCUGGAUCACCUGCCCUUGUUGGAGAAGUUAACCGUCAACUACCACAGAGGGGCCACACACCGCAAUACAUGUCACCUCAAAGGUUGGCUUAGGAGUCUCAGUCACCUCACUGAACUGGCAGUCAAUUACAGCCAACCACUGGGAGUCUAUGCCGACACACUGCCAACGACACUCAGGAAAUUGUCUCUUUCUGGCACUUGGGCGGAACCUGAGGAUUUGGUCACAGUGAAGAGGACAGUACCAGACCUUCUCCACCUAAACUACAGCCCUUUCGUUUACAACCCACACAACUUCUCUGAGAUUCCAAAGGCUUUCAAUAAGUUGCAAAGCCUGCAAAUCAGGUACCACGGUCUCUGUGCGAAGGAUUUAGCAGGCCUUGGAGGAAUGCAGCACUUGAAACGUUUGGUGAUUACGGCUGCUCCUGCUGACCACAGUGCCAUUUCCUCAGAGCUGCUCACUCAGGUUCAGAUGCUGAGAGCGCAUGGAGUUCAAGUUGUUCUAACACAGGGUGGGAGUGAUGAAGAGCAAUUUUUCAUUUGCCACCCAUGCUAAGUAUUUUCUAUGGCCAAAACCUGGGGUCCAACUCAAACUGGAACCUGCUGUCCUGUAGACUUUUGCCUCUGUGGGAAAAACAAAGCUUCUCCGCUGUCAAAGUUGCGCUUUUCCCCAUUCACACCCGAUAGCAAAUGAGACUUUUUGAAUUGUGUUUUUGAAAGAUAUUGAAUAAAACCUUGAUCCGGAGUGGGAGGGUCGAGGAUUAUGUGGGGCAAUUGAAGUUGUGUGGUAUAUUCUUGUUUUUAACAUGUUUUUUUUCCUGUGUGCUUUUUGUUUGUUACUCAUUGUUCAAUAAAAAAAUAAUAAGAAUAAAAAAAGAAUACAACUUCA